AGACCAUCCAAUUUCGAAAAAUUGAUGAUGGGGACACUUUGGUUUGGAGAUUUCAAGAAACAAGCCUCUUCGUUUAUUCAAGACAAGUACAAUGUUGCUAGACUUGUCCUCACCGAUGUUACCGAAGCUGAGUUGUUAGUAGAAGAAGUAACAAAUGGUGAUCCUUCUUCACCAGACGCUAAAACGAUGACGAAAAUAGCCGAGGCAUCGUUUGAUACCGUGGAGUAUUGGAGAAUUGUGGAUGUUCUUCAUAGAAAGAUUGGGAAAGAUGAAAGAGAGAUAAAGAAUUGGAGAGAAGCGUACAAGGCAAUGGUGUUGUUGGAGUUCUUACUAAUGCAUGGACCUAUUCAUUUACCUCAUGAUUUUCUUUAUGAUUUGGAUCAUUUUCGAUUCCUCUCCACUUUCCAAUACGUUGACAAUAAUGGGUUUGAUUGGGGAGCUCAAGUUCAAAAAAAGGCAGAUCAAAUUCAAACACUUCUAUUAGGGAAAGAAGAAUUAAGAGAAGCUCGUCUUAAAGCUCUCAAAAUCACUUCCCAAAUCAAUGGCUUUGGUAACUCCACCACAUUUUCUCCUUCUCCUAAUUCUCUAUCUAACUCCUUCUCUUCCUUGAAAACCUCCAAUUCAACACCAACCAAAAGAAUUGAUCUUAUAUCCGAGUCAUAUUCGUUAAUCGACGACGAAAACAAGCUCUCGGAGAAGGAUCAAGCCAGCAAAGAGACGCUAGUCAGCGGAAUCUGCACAAAACUCGCCGGAUUUAGCCCUUUGAACAAGUUUCAAGGCGGUCGUACUAAGGCGGCAAAAUUUCAAACUUUGUCUAACGUUGAGAGAGUUUCAAGUAAAUGUUACGAUCGUUGCAAUUCUAUUGGUUACUAAACAAAAACCGGUUCGGUUUUAAAUUGUAAUUUCGUUCUGUUACAAAACAUCCGGUUUAGCCAAACCGAAUUACAACGCAAGAAAUGCUGCUUUUGCUAAUCCUGUUUAAAGCUUCUUUAGCUAAACAUUUUGCAGCUUCUUUAGGAUCCUCUAUGUGUCUUAUUAGGUUAAUCGCUUCUUGACUCUUCAUCACCUGUAACCAAAUUAUU